ACAAUACUGGCACAAGGGAUGCCAGAUUGUGUGAAUCCUCCUCAGAGUUGUUGCCAGGUUGUACAAAUCCUCCUCAAGGUAUUAUAGGCCUGCUUGGAUGAUUUAUUGCACUGCUUGCUCAACCAGUGACAUGAAGCUGUCGGAACUACUACUUUGUCAUAACUGCAGCUCUCCGUUGCCAUUUCCAGGGCUGGAGGAUAAAUCACAGCACUACACUAGGAGGAUGAUGAUGAUGAUGUUGUUCUGCAGUAUUAUUUAAGCCAUGCACAAUGAUGCAGUUUCAAUCAGCAACCAUAUGGAAGGAACAGCAUGCUGUGUGAAUCCUGAAUCACUUCCAAAUAAACAAGAGCUAUGCAACGAGUGGAGUAACACAACCCACAUGUAUGUAGUUGGUUGUUAUUUAAUGCAUAGGCUGGAUGAUGACGUGAUGCUGUGGGACUGAGAUGCAGUUGCAGUGCAUUGACCAGCGGGCGGCUACAGUAGCUGUCUUUUCCUCUGUCUCUCCCACAAGGCAACCCAGGAUAAAAGCCAGGCUUCACGCAUCCCGCAGAACUGCCAGAUCCUAGUGUGUAUGCAUGUGCACACGCCUGCACGUAUGUGUGUGCGUGCCACCCUCCCCUCCUCCUUCCUGCCGGCAUCAUCCCUCGCUCUCCAUCAGGGAUGGUGAGGGAGUGUUUAUGAGCAUGUGCUGCGAAUCACACAGAAUGAUGGAGGACCAACAGCUCCCUGGAUAAACCCUGCAGACUAAAACAACAUCACAACUCAAAUCAUGCACUUAAGGUGGAUGGAAAGAUGUAGCUGAGGAACAAACGGAAACCAAUCUUGACCGUUCACAAACUCAGGUCAUCCCUGAAAGGGGCGUGGCCUGUGGAGUACCGCCCAAUAUGUCCAAGAAACCCCCCAGUGGGCGGGGCAAAGGGGAGCGGCCUGACGCCAUGGCAGCACUGCAGGCAGCCAAUGAGGAGCUGAGGGCCAAACUCACCGAAAUCCAAAUUGAACUGCAGCAGGAGAAAACCAAGGUCAGUAAGCUGGAAAGGGAGAAGUCUCAGGAGGUCCGUCACGAGCAGCACAAGUCCACGGUGGUGGUGACUGAGUUAAAAGCCAAACUUCAUGAGGAGAAACUUCGGGAGCUCCACAGCUUUCGGGAAACACUCCUACGUCAGCACGAGUCCGAACUGGUGCGGGUCAUUAAGAUCAAAGACGGAGAGAUCCAGAGGCUCCAGGCACUCGUCAGUGCCCUCCGAGAUGGAUCCACCGAUAAGGUGAAGUCUGCGCUGAUGGCGGAGGCGCGAGAGGAGUGCAGGAGGACUUUCGAAGGGGAGCGCAUGCGACUGCAGCAGGAGAUCUCCGAGCUGAAGUUGGUCAAGAGGCAGAUGGAGGAGGCGUUAAGCGUGGCCGUUCAAGCCGACAAGAUCAAAGCCACCGAGAUCCGCAGCGUCUACCAUCUCCACCAGGAGGAAAUCAACCGCAUCAAGAGAGAGUGUGAAAGAGAGAUCCGCAGACUGAUGGAUGAGAUUAAACUAAAGGAGCGCGCUGUCUGUGGGCUGGAGAGAGAGCUCAGCGCUCAGGCGGGCCACACGUGGAAACUACAGCAGCAGAAACAGGCUGUAGACACUCAGCUGGCCCUGCUGCGAGACUCCAGCCCCAGACGAGAGGGCCCUUAUUCACCCGCUGCAGGGGACGCAGCAGAGAACACCGCUAACCCUAUGCAGCAGUUGGAUGAGAAGGACGCUCGACGUUUCCAACUGAAAAUCGCAGAACUGAGUGCUAUUAUCCGCAAACUAGAAGUCCGCAAUGCACUGCUGUCAGAGGAACGCAAUGAACUGUUAAAGCGUCUCCGUGAAGCUGAGAGCCAGUAUAAGCCAUUACUAGACAAGAACAGACGUCUCAGCCGCAAGAAUGAGGAGCUGGCUCAUGCAUUGAGACACAUGGAGAACAAACUGCACUUUGUCACUCAGGAGAACAUCGAAAUGCGAGAAAAGGCUGGGACGAUUCGCCGGCCCAGUUCUCUGAACGAUCUGGAUCAGAGUCAAGAAGAAAGAGAAAUUGAGUUUCUCAGACUACAAGUGCUGGAACAACAGAACAUAAUCGACGAACUGUCCAAGGCGCUGGAAACCGCUGGAUACGUGAAGAGUGUGAUAGAGAGAGACAUGCUGCUGAGAUACAGGAGACAGGACAGCCUACGCAGGAAGAAGCCCUUCAGAACCUGUAGGCCGGUGGUGGAGACGUUUUUUGGCUAUGAUGAGGAAGGCUCUAUAGACUCGGACGGCUCCUCUAUUUCCUACCACACAGACCGAACGCCCUGCACGCCAGACGAUGACCUCGAAGAGGGAAUGCUUAAGGAGGAGACAGAGCUGCGCUUCCGUCAGCUGACGAUGGAGUAUCAGGCUCUUCAGCGAGCUUACGCGCUCCUGCAGGAGCAGGUGGGAGGAACGUUUGAUGCAGAGAAAGAGGUCAAGACUCGAGAGCAGCUUCAGGCCGAACUGAUCCGGUACCAGACCAGAAUAGCAGAUCUGGAGUGUGUUCUAAGUCAUCAGGGACAGGAUAUGAAGUGGAUUGAGGAGAAACAAGCUUUGUAUAAACGCAACCAAGAGCUUGUAGAAAAGAUUAAAAAUAUGGAGACAGAGGAGACACGACUGAAAAAUGAAAUUCAGGAUGCAAAAGACCAAAACGAACUCCUGGAGUUCAGAAUUCUUGAACUUGAAGAAAGAGAGAGAAGAUCUCCAGCCAUUAACUUCCAGAACAUCCACUUUGCUGAGGGCAUGAGUCCCCUGCAGUUGUACUGUGAGGCAGAGGGUGUUACUGACAUUGUGAUCACAGAGCUGAUGAAGAAACUGGAUAUUCUGGGGGAUAACGCCAAUCUGACCAACGAGGAGCAAGUUGUGGUUAUUCAUGCCAGAACAGUAUUAACAUUAGCCGAGAAGUGGUUAGAGCAAAUUGAAGUCACCAAAUCAGCAUUACAGCAGAAAAUGUUGGACAUCGAAAGUGAAAAGGAGCUCUUUAGUAAACAAAAAGGAUAUUUAGACGAGGAAUUAGACUACAGAAAGCAGUCUUUGGACCAUGCACAUAAGCGCAUCCUUGAGUUGGAGGCGAUGCUGUUUGACGCUUUGCAGCAGGAGGAGACGGGUGGGAAGUUGUCCGAGCUGCUGAGCGAGCAGGACCGUGGUUCGCUGAGAGAGGCUGUGGAUCAGUGGAAGAGGCAGGUCUUGAGUGAAUUACGAGAGAGAGAUGCGCAGAUACUCAGAGAGAGGAUGGAACUGCUGCAACAUGCUCAAGCGAGGAUAAAAGAGCUGGAAGAAUGGAUAGAGGCUCAGAAGCGACAGAUAAAGGAACUAGAAGAAAAGGCCUCAAGUGUUCUUCUGUACCAGAGGAGGGUGACACACGUGUCAUCAGGGGUCCCAGCCAUCUCUUCUGCGCUGAUACGAGACUUCAACUCUGUUCACAUCAACUCUGGAACAUGGACAUGGAAUACGGUGGUGCUGGAGGCUGCUUCCCUUUGGAAGCCUGAUGGAAUGAGAGGUGUUACGUUCAAAUCCUUCCUCCCACUGUUUACACUCACUCUGCUUCGGUUCUGGUGGUACAGAGCAGUGUUUCAAAUAAAUUUCUCAGAGGAAGACUGGAAAACUAAGAGGAUGUUUUUGCGUCUUUUUCUGUUCACUGAAAAUAAAGCCACACAGAGGAUUCUGGGGUGCAUACGUGCCUCUGAACAGAAACUCAAGGUAAGAGGCAUUCAGCAUAUGGGGCAGGAGUCCUCUCCUUUGGGCACAUCUUCAAGCCUCCAGAUGGACUUUCCCAGAUCUCCACAUGCACAGAUGAGACCAGACACACUGUAA